AGUAUUGCCGUAUCGCAGACUAUCGCUUUAACUUCGGGUUAAAAAAACGUGUUCUUUUUAGUUACAAUAGUAUUUCCAAAGUUAAUUUUUAAUUUUUUUUAUAUAAAAUGUCAAAAUUGACCAAAUUUUUCGUUGGAAAUUUGCCGUGGACAGUUAGUAGCCGAGAACUUCGUAAAUAUUUUGCAUCAUUCGGUCACGUUGCUUCUGCAGACGUCUUGUUCGAUCACACUACUGGUUUGUCAAAGGGUUACGGAUUUGUUCAGUUUUCUACACCGGGCGGAUACGAAAAUGUUUUAAACAAUAAUAAACAUGAAUUAGACGGGCAAACAUUGAUUCUCAAAACAGCUGAUUAUCAAUAAUUGUUGUUCCAUAAGUAAAAUUCCUGUUUUUAAUAUUAUAGACCUAUUAGUAUAUAACAUAAUUUAAGUAAUGGAUUUUAAUUCUAAAAGUUUAUCUGCUCAGUUUGAUAAAGCUGUCUCAUUUAUUUCUGGAUCUAAUUUAUCUGAUGUUGACAUACAGCUUAAAUUGUAUGGAUUUUAUAAGCAAGCAUUAGAAGGUCCAUGUACUCAACCUAAACCUCCGAUAUAUGACCUAAAAGGCCGUAAAAAAUGGUAUGCCUGGUCUGAAAUGGGUGCAAUGACUAAAGAAGAAGCUAUGACAUCAUACAUAAAUUUAGUAACGUCUAUUAAUCCAAACUUAGAAACAGAAAAAACUGGAUGGGUAACAGUUAGUACAUUUGCCAAUGAUGAAAAACCACUGCCAGAAAAUGAAAAAACCAUUAGUGACUGGGUUAAAGAUGGAGACUUAAACAAAAUACAAACUUUUAUAGGUGAUGUAAAUGUUAAUGAUUGUAUGGGAAUGGCACCAAUCCAUUGGGCUUCAGAUCGUGGAGAUUUAGACAUAUUGAAACUUUUGGUAGAAAAUCAUUCAGCUGAUGUUAAUUUUCAAGACAAUACAGGCCAAACAGCUUUACACUAUGCUGUUUCUUGUGGUUAUGAAGAGAUUUGCAAAUAUUUAAUUAGUAAGGGUGCAAGAAUAAAUAUUCAAGAUGAGGAUGGAAUUACUGCAUUAGAAAUGUGUACAGAUGAAAAAUUAAAAUCACUAUUAUCAAUAAAUUAAAUCUUAUGUUUAUACACAAUUAAUUGUAUAUAAUUAUUAUUACAAAAUGUUGAAACCAAAUUAAAAAUGAUUGCAUGUAAGAAUAAAAUGUAGUCUGUUUUGUAUAAUAUUUUAUAAAAUAAAUAAAUAAAAAUAAUUUUAUUUAUA